AUGGGAACCUUGUUCCUGGACCAUAUCAAAAACAAGGCAUCAAAUUUUCUACUAGAGAAAUACAAAACUGCUAGGCUGACUUUUACUGAUGUUACUCAAGUUGAACUGUUGGCUGAGGAAGCAACAAAUGGUGAUCCAUGUAGCCCUGAUGCGAAAACAAUGACUCAAAUAGCUGCUGCCUCCUUUGAGAUGGAUGACUAUUGGAGAGUUGUUGAUAUCCUUCACCGAAGGUUAUAUAACAUAGAUUGGAAAGAAUGGAGGCAAUCCUACAAAGCAUUGGUACUUCUAGAGUUCUUACUAACACAUGGUCCUGAAGAGUUUGCUGACGAAUUUCAAUGCGAUAUCGAUGUCAUCCAAGAGCUGGGAACAUUUAAAUACAUAGAUAAGACAGGAUUCAAUUGGGGUGUUUGCAUGCAAAAGAAAUCAGACCAAAUCCAAAACCUUCUAGGAGGAGGACAACCACUCAGAGAAGCACGUUUGAAAGCUCUCAGAAUAACAAAUGAAAUCCAAGGGUUUGGAAGCGCAACGCCUUCUCCUUCAUCCUUAACUCCUUCCUCUUCAUCAUCUUCCGAAGCAUCAAGAGCAUCGUUUGCCUCAUUUUCUACCACAAGUUCUGUAUGGAAUGACAUGAAUGAGCUUAGCAAGGGUUACCAAGAACCAUCACCCACAAAGUUAGAAGCCAUGGAGAGCUAUUCACCGGGUGGAAUACAUAACGAAUACAAUAACAAGACUUGCAAUUUCCUCGCAAGUACAAGUGAAAAUAGUGAAGAACAGCUUUGGGGUUGCCCUCCAAUCCAAGAAAAAGGCUCGUUGCUCGAAUCUGAGGACGAAGAGGAUGCAGACGCAGAUGAUUAUGAUGAUUUAGAGUAUUUUGAGAAGGCACCAGAUGGAAAUUUUAUAAGUGGGAUGUUCUCAAAGUUGGUUAACAUUAGUCCUCCAAGAGCUCAUGGUAGGAAAGUUGGGUUUAGGAGUGUUUCUGAUGUGGGAAGGGAGGGCAAGAAAAGGUUUGAUCGCCAAUAUUCACUUUGGUAUUGA